AUGAACCGCCUCCUCCGUCGCUCUCGCUCCGCCGACUUCGACUCGCCGGCGGCACCUACGCGACCCUUCGCCGCGGUUCCCCUGACCGCCGCGCCCCCCGCGGCCGUCCACGCUCCCGCCGUGGCCGCCCCAGCUCCGACCACGGCCUUCCCCAACCCCGCCGCGGUCCCCGCGGCCCGUCCAUCCCGGCUCGUGCCGGACGUCGUCCGCGGCAAGGCGCCCGUCCCCGAGGCCGCUCCCUCUUCCUCGACCACUGCGGCUCACGGGCUCCACCUCGCCGAGGCCCCGGCGCCACCUCCUGUGGGCUCCCUUUGCACCGCGGGCAGCGUCCCCGUCCCGCCAGUCCACCACGGCGCCAUGAUCCCGCGCCUCUCCACGCCCGACGCCGGCUCCUCCUUCGCUCCCGCCGGCCUGCCGUCUUCGAUCGCGCAUCACUUCCAGUCCAAACUGGACUUAGAGUCCGGUAACUAUACAAAGUGGCUUCAUCUCUUUUAUGUCAUCUGCUGUAAACACAAAGUGCAGCAUCAUCUCGACGAGGCCGCCGCCCCGCUGCAUGAGAGCGCGGUCUGGCGCAAUGAUGACCUAACCAUAGUCCCGUGGUUCUAUGGGGUCGUCGCCGACGAGCUGAUGGACGUCGCCGCUUCCCCGGCGAGCACCGCCUUCGACAUCUGGUCCCAGCUGCACCUGAUCUUCCGCGACAACCAAGCAGGUCGCGCCGUGAUCCUCAGCGCCGAGUUCCGCAACUUGGUGCAGGGGGAUCUCUCCGUCGCCGAGUACUGUCGGCGCCUCCGGACCCUCGCCACCGAGCUCUCCGAGGUCGGCGAGCGCGUUACCGACCAGACCCUGACUCUGCAGCUGAUCCGUGGGCUGAACCGCAAGUUCCACGUCAUGGCAACUCUCCUCCCGAUGCAGUCGCCCUUCCCCACGUUCGCGUAG